CAAGCACAUGCUCCUAUAGUCAAUACAGCAGACCCAGACUCGAUCAGCCACAUGGAGACUUGACACGUUUGGCUCCCUGAGAAUCAGCCAUGGCUGACGCGCUAUAUGAAGUCCUGACGCCAUACUUCGACGGCUCAGUAGCAGCGUCUGCGACCGCCGAUUCGAGGCCUCCUCCUACCGAUCCUACCACAAGCGCCUACCUGGCGCGCCUACCAACCCUCUCGUUACAAUCCCUGACUACGACUGAAGCAUCCUAUCUCAAUGCAGCAACCCAAUCGAAUCUGCGCUCCUUACAGGCACUGUCGAAACGCUCGCAUCGCUCCGUAAUUACUGCGACCGACCACCUCUCGCACCUUUCGACCCUUCUUCCCUCGCUAUACACACAGUCGAAAGAGCUAGGAGAUGCUUUAUCGAGCCUAGAGUCGGUUGCCACCGACUUUGCGACCAAAUAUGACAGAGCCGCCGACAAUGCUGUGCUUGAGCGGAGGAAAAGAGCAAUGUUGCUGAGCAGGAACGUGGACAGGAUCAGCGACGUCCUGGAGCUGCCGACUCUGUUAUCUACUGCAAUCAACUCCUCCUCGACCGCUGUAACCCAAGGCACUGGAGGCGCUGCGGCUUCUGGCUAUGCGUCCGCUCUCGACCUGCAUGCCCAUGUCAAGCGACUACGGACCCUAUACCCAGACUCCGACCUCGUUGGAGACAUCUCGCGACAGGCCGAUGACGAGAUCCAGAAUCUCAUCACAGUUCUGAUCAACGGCCUGCAGAAUCCUGCCCUUAAACUUGCCGGAGCCAUGAGGAUGAUUGGCUGGCUCCGACGCGUCGCUCCUGAACUUGCCAAUGAUGCGUAUAGCAGCACUCGAGAUCAGACUAAAGGCAGAUCACUGGGUGCUGUCACAGGAGAAGAUUCACUGGGUUCGCUUUUCUUGGUUUGUAGGCUAGGCACUCUUCGGCGGACACUCGAAGCAUUAGAUCCGCUCAGAGACCUUGCGGAUCAAGAGGCAAGCCGCCGUUCCGAAAGCACUUCUCACGGAGAAUCUUGGAUAGGAGGCACCCAGACCGAGCGCUAUCUCAAGAGUAUCUUCCCUUCAGCAUUACCGAUGCCUGGUCUUGCUGUCUCAGACAUAGCCUCACCCAUUGGGACUCCAGCACAAACCCCGACUAUCCUGGAAGAUCCAACAACAUCUCUCCUCGAAGUCGAGCAUGACAAACCCCCGUCUGCGCUUGCAACUUUUGCGCCACACUUGGUCGACAUGCUGUUUGAAACAUUGCGCGCUUACAUGCCAAACAUGUUGGAAAGAUCAUCACGGGACAGUCUGUUAACCCAAGUACUCUACUGUGCAGGUUCUCUAGGCAGGUUAGGAGCAGACUUCGGCAUGAUGUUAGCACUGCUAGAAGACGAGCUCAGAGAAGAGAAUGAGAGUGGUGACAUGGAACACAUAAACGAGGACGAGCACGAAUGGGUGCAAGUCAUGAAAAAGCACAGAGUACAGGCUAGUCGCUUAGAACUCCUGGCGAGUGGUGUUGGGUCCGGAAGAAAGACAAGUACUAGUCUUGAAUCUCGUAGGCCAUCCGCUGUUCCGGGGUAGGAAAUCACAACCUCCCUCAAUUUUGUGUUUUGUAUGAUCGAGCUUUGCCGCCUGUGCCGUUCCUACCGAUCUGUUGAAAAUGUGCAUAACUUCAUGAUACAGUCACAAGGAAUUGCGAUACAACGCAGAGG